AUGGCGAGCAAGACGAAGCAGGGCGAACAGGCGCCCAAAAAGGCCAAGGUGUCGGCCGCGGCCGCAGAUGACCUAGAUCUACCCGCCUUGUUCAACGAUGGGGGCGAGGCGUGGCUGCCGUUGCUCGAGAGCACGAUCCGCUCUCAACCCAGCGUGCAGGACUUUCUGGGCAAGGGGCGGGCAAGCAGCAUCGUUCCGGUCCGCGAGCUCACCUUCCAGGCGCUCAAGGCAAAUGCACCGGGAAAUUGGAAGGUCAUCAUCUUCGGUCAAACACCGUACCCCCGCGUGGAGAGCGCCACUGGCGUGGCCAUGCUAGACAACACUUUUACGCAGUGGGAAGACAAGCGCUUUGGCUCGGUGACCAGCAUGCGUUGCAUUAUGAAAUCCGCAUCCAUGUGGAAGUUUGACGUUCCCAAGGCCACAACUGUGGCCGAGCUGCGCACCCUCUUCAAGAAACAAAAGGUCGUCUCACCACACCAAUGGUUUCAAGCCAUGCUAGCCCAGGGUUGCCUUCUCCUCAACGCGGGCCUUACCUCAAGCACAGAUAAGGCCAUGGCGACAUCCAAGCACUCAACCUUUUGGAAGCCCAUUGUGGCUCGUAUCGUUGAGAGCAUCAUGGCGGAAAAGGCGGAAAAGAAGGAAGGCGUCAUUUUCGCUUGGUGGGGUUCGCACGCCAAGGCCCUCCGGAAGAUUGUCGACCAACUUGCGCUCAAGUAUCCAGAUUGCCAGGUGGUCCAGCUCGACCACUGCAAUCCCGCAGCCAUGGGGGAUGCCUUUUGUCAGGGAACACACUUUGCGGACAUUAAUGACGCGCUCGAGUCGCUGCAAUACAAGCCGUUUGAUUGGCUUCCGACCGAGGUUCGUAUCAUCUCAAGUCCUCACCGUGGCAACAUGCCCCACAAUUUACCCGCAACAGAUCUGCACAAAAUGUAUCUCGAGCGUCUGCAGGAUGUUGCACAAAAGGACGAGCAGCUGGCGCCCGUCACUGGAAUCAUGGACAUGCCAGUGCCUCCGUUUGCGACGGUGAUGGCAGCCAUCAUUCAAGCGCUGCCGUCUGCACAGUAUGCCAUUGACUCUUCUUUGCAGUAUGCUAAGGAACAGAACGACGCCAUUCUCAGCGUCGAUGAGAUUGCCGUCAUUAACCUGUACACGCAGGCCUCGGCCUUUUACCGCCGCCUGAAUGAGGUGCUGCGCAACGGCAAUCGAGCGCUUCUUGUACCCUACUACUUUUACCUGCGCCUCUUCUUUGAGGCCGUUGGCAAGCUUCACAAGCACCGUGGCGCCAACCUUGAGCCGCUCUGGAGAGGCGUGGGCCUCGACUUGCGCAAGCUUUACGGCAAAGUCAAGGCGCCUAGUGCUGUGAGCAUCAUGGACUACAGCGCGUUUAAAGGCGAAGCCGAGUACGUGCCUUUGGUCUCUGUUCUGGCUGAAAGGGUAGAAGAUGACUCGAAUGAGCGACUCUUCAAGAUGUCCCUGAUGACGCUCCGAACUUCAUCGCAGGUUGAUCUUGGCGCCAGGUACUGA